GGAGACAAGUUCGCUUAACUGUCAUGUGAGAUAAACAAACGUCACAUGAUCGGAAUAGAACAGGAUAUUGACAAGGAAUUAGGCUCAGCGGUGUGUUGUUAUUUGUUUUUAUACUAUUUAAAAUAUGAAGCUGCUUCUACUGUGUGGUUGUUUGGUUACCUGUACUGUCAGCCAGUAUACCUUUGAUGAUUCUAACGGUCUCGGGAGAAGGUUUGAUGGUAUUGGAGGUCUCAGUGGAGGAGGGGCAACAUCUAAACUAUUGCCAGGAUAUCCAGAGCAUCUAAGGGAUCAAAUUUUAGACUACCUCUUUAAGCCGAACUUUGGAGCAUCUCUUCAUAUUUUGAAAGUUGAGAUUGGUGGAGGAUCAAUGAGUGGAGUUGGGAGUGAAGCAUCCCAUAUAUAUCAUGACGGGGAUGAAAAUUACCAAAGAGGGUAUGAAUGGUGGAUGAUGAAAGAAGCCAAAAAGAGAAAUCCUAAGAUAAAGUUGUAUGGAUUGCCGUGGGUGUUUUCGGGAUGGGUUGGUAAUGGUACUAAUUCCCCGUACACGUACCCGGAGAGAACCGUGGAGUAUAUUGUCAAGUGGAUUAAGGGAGCUAAGGAAUACCAUGGUCUUGAUAUAGAUUACAUUGGGGAAUGGAAUGAACAAAAUUACAAUACAACAUAUUUGAAGAUGCUAAGAAAGUCGCUAGAUUCCAAUGGCCUAGAGCAUAUAAAAAUAGUAGCUGCAGAUGAUUUUGGAGCAGAUUAUGCAUCAAAACAAAGUAAUCUUGUACGAGAUAUGGAUCUUGAUCCUGACCUGUCGUCUGCUGUUGAUUACUAUGGAGUGCAUUAUUCAAGUACACAGAGCAAUCUCGGCUCUAUAAUGUGGGGGAAACAGCUGUGGGCAUCGGAGGAUUACAGUUCAUUUAAUGAUGUGAAGGGGGCGAGGUGCUGGGCAAGGAUUCUGAAUCAGAACUAUGUGAAUGGACUGAUGACCAGUACAAUAUCGUGGAACUUGAUAGCGGCCUACUAUGAAGGAAUGCCGUACCAGAGAUGCGGUUUAAUGACUGCCAACAGUCCCUGGAGUGGACAUUAUGAUGUUAAUCCAACCAUAUGGAUGACUGCUCACACGACACAGUUUACAGAACCAGGUUGGAUAUAUCUCAGUCACCACUCGGGGGUCGGCCAUCUUGUUGGUGGAGGAAGUUACGUUGCACUUACUAGUCCCGAUAAAGAACAUCUUACGAUUGUAAUUGAAACUAUUGAUUAUGCCGACUCCAAAUGUCUGCAUGAAGCAUUGCCUCAGUUUACUGUUGUUAAUCAAACUAUCACUUUUAAACUGGAAGGCAGUUUUAAAAGCAUUACACGAUUACAUACUUGGUUCAGUAUGUUAGGAAACUCAGAACAGAAAAAUUUUACUGUCACCUUCUCCUAUAAUGGAGUUAUAGAGCCUGACGAUAAUGGUACAUUCACCUUAGAGGCUGGCAUCAACCAGAUCUACACGCUGAGUACCGUAGACACUGCUGACAAGGGCAAUUACCCUACACCACCUGACCCAAAACCUUUCCCGCUGCCAUAUAUGGACAACUUUAAUGAUGUAGUGGAGCACCAGGAACCAUACUUUGUGGCUCCGAUGUCCGGCUCGUUUGAGGUUAUAACAUCCCCCGGAUCUAGCAAUAAAGUUUUACGUCAGAUGCCGAUACUAAAACCAGUUGAUUGGUGCGAAACUGAAAACUUUACACUGGCUUUGAUCGGCAAUAUAUCAUGGACAGAUAUCUAUGUGGAGACAUCUUUCUCAAUUGAUAUGCCAAAUGCCACAGAGGGUGUUUUUCUUGCACAGAGGAUCAACAGUGGGGGAUGCUAUACUGUGGGUGGACAGGGGUUUCUCUUCUUUGUGUUUCCCAAGAAUGCCACUUAUGAAUUCUGGGGAGAUUCAAGGAGGGCAACUCUUUUAGGUUUUGGUCCUGCACCAAGCUUGAAAGCUAAUGGCUUCAAUAAACUAGGUCUAAAAGUCAAGGGUGGAUUUGCUGAAGGGUAUGUAAAUGGUCAGCUGGUAUUUGGUGUGAGGAUGCCAGAAAAACCGGAAAGUGGAUUUCCAGCUUUCGGUACCGCCGGAUUCGGUCGAGCGGACUUCGACUAUAUCAUGAUAACAGAAUCUUGAGGAAACCAGUCAAUAUAGUUUAUAUAUUUUUAUAGGUUUAUAUAUUUGAUAGGCUUUUAUAUCUCAAGUUGGACCAGUGUUUAUAUAUAUCUACAGAGAAAAGGGCUGAGGUACAUUUAGGAUGGUGCUUAUUGACCCUAAAGAAUGAGAGAUAAUUCCGUGUAAAGAAAAUGUUAAUGGUAAAAAAGUAUUUACUAUAAUUUAAAAGAUUAUAUAUCCACAAUGCAGUUUGAUUGCUUAAUAAAAUUCUUUGUUCUUUUAGAUUCAUACCUUGCAUAUUGUAUAUUAUGAAAUAUCAUUAAGGUUUUUUCUCUUAAGAGCCUUUUUCACCCCCAAAUAUGUAUCUAGUCACAUACACCCAUUUAUUCAAAAUAUGGUCUAUUUAGUUUAUUAGCUCACCGUCUGGCGUCCAUCCACACUUUCCUUUAAACAACAUCUCCUUCUUAACCACAAGGCCAAUUUUGAUGAACUUCACAGGGAUGUUCCUUGUAUGGUCUUCUUUGAUGGAGGGCACACUAAACUCAGGUCAGCGAUGUAGGGCCAUCAUGGCCCUCUUGUACUGUUUUAUUUUAGCUGGUUUGGGAUGAAAUUUUUAACCUUAUUUGAGUCACUUUUAAAUUAGAAGGGGCCUCCGUGGCCGAGUGGUUAGAGUCGUUGACUUCAAACCAUUUGCCCCUCAUCGAUGUGGGUUCGAAACCUCAUUUGGGGCAUAGAAUUCUUCACGUGAGGAAGCCAUCCAGCUGGCUUACGGAAGGUCAGUGGUUCUACCUAGGUGCCCGCUCGUGAUGAAAUGUGCACGGAGAGGCACCUGGGGUCAUCCUCCACCAUUAAAGCUGGAAAGUCACCAUAUGACCUAAAUAUAAUUUAAAUUAGAAUCAUCCAGUUUUGGUGUCAUAUGAGAAUGUGUGGUCAUGACCCCAGUGGGGCUCAAACCCAUAACCCUGGAUUUAGUGGCUAACACCUUAACCACAAGACCACCACUCCCUUUGUGAUUUCUUUGAUAUAUUAUAUGUCGGUAAAUUAUUUGUUUCAUCAUGGAAAAUGUUGUGAAAAUUAUCAGGGAAUUGUGUAUACUGUAAAACCAUUAUUAUUUGUGAGGGACCUGAUUUUCAUGGUUGUUGGCCCAGUCUGCAAAAACAAAUCCCAAAUAAGAUAUGAACAUUCCAUUUAAUUUAUGCUGUUACAGUUUAGAAUCCAAAGUUUUCAUUUUCGAUAGAAAUGAUUUUUAUUUUUUGGAAACCAUGGUAUUUUUUUCAUUCAAAAAUAGAUAUUUUACAGUAGCUGUUUUAGUUGUUAGCCUCCUGUAGAAAUUUUAAUGAAUUGUUAAAAUUCUUUUUUGUUCUUAAGGCUGCAUAAUUAUUGAAAUUGUUUCAUGUUUUUGAUUAAGGUAUUAGAGCACUAAUAGUAAUGUGUACAAAAUGGCCUUUGCUUGGUAUAUUCUGAAAGGAAACCGUGUUUUGCACUAUUUUGCAAUUUUUAAACAACUUUCACCGUGCCAUUUUUUUUAUAAAUUGUGUAUAACUUAUGGUAUCUCCUCAAGCUCAAGUACAGACAAAUUUCAAAGUGAUAGCCACUAUCCAAAACAUUUGCAGAGAACUCAUUUUACCAUUAAUUGUAAUAAAAGAAACAUCAAACUAUUGUUAAACAAUUAUAAAACACAAAAUAAAAAUGUCAAUAUCAUUUUUUCUAUGGUGCCUCAAGUAAACGGAUUUAAUGAGACAGAAUUCAUACUUCAACAUUGAAAAAAUAAGGUCGAAUGCUGUGUUUCUGUUUUGAGUUUUGCUUACUCCAUUUAAAAAUAACCUUAGGCCAGACGUAAAGCCUACCUAAAUUUCUUCCACAAUAUAUAAUCUAAGAGUCAAAGCAAAAUAGAGAACUUUCACCAUGUGUAACUCAAUAUUUUUAAAGAUGUGUAACUCUACCCCUUCUGUUUAAGUAGUAAAUUCACUUUGAACACCAAGAAAUCACUUAUCAGAUUUAUCUUUUUCCAUUUUUGUACAAAAAAUCAAUAAUAAGUCUUGAAAGGUGUAAAAACUUACUAGAAAAAAAGGAAAAUAAGGGAAAAAAAAUUUGGUCCCAGUAGGGCUUGAACCUACGCCCCCCUAAGAAUUUCUGUCAAAGUAGGUUUAUGGUUGGAAUUGAAUACUCUUCAAAAAGGAGGUUCUCUAUUAGUGAUCUAAUACCUUAAGGUUAAAGGUCAGUAAUUGAAAUCCUUCUUUGUUUCAUAUAAAAAACGACAACUUCAGGUCGUCUUUACUUAUCUUUAGAGAACAUCACUUUUUCCUACACCUAUUUUUCAUGAAAGUUCUAUCACAAAUUAACGGAAAAAUGAAAAGAAAAUAGGGGGUUAUGUAGUUCCUAGUGAAAUGCCAGUCAGUUGUAGUCUGCUACCCUAAAAAUGGCGCAUAUUUACUCUCGUCCGCGCAGUAAACACCUACUUCCGGUUUCGAUCUGCAAAACUUGCCAUGUGGGGUGUAUGAACAUGAAAACCGUCUCAUUUCAUGUAGAAUGUCUUCUAGUAGUGAAAAACGGUGAUUAAAGCACUCGUUCUACAUGAAUUUGCGCAAAAAAUGGGAAAAUUAGGAUCUAUUUAUUAUGGACUUCUUUCGACUACACCACGGAAGCACAUUUUCGACCGAAUUACUGACCUUAUUCCUUAAGUGAAAUAAAUGAAAAAGCAAUUUUUAUUCCAAAUCAAAUAUAGAAGUGAAAUAAAUAUUGUUUUCCCAAUUUUUAAGCCUGUUAUGCAUGAGUAUUAUUUAUUGCUUACUAUUUAUGAUUUGAUCUACGAGAUCUGUAGUAAAGACCUUUUUCAUGUUUUUUGGCUUUAUUUUAAUACUUGUUCAAAUGAAGUUGUUCCAGUUAUUAAAUGAUAUCUAGUCUGUUUAGAUAUGUUAAAGUUAAAAUUAGCAAGUUUGGCAUUGUUUUGUCAAAUACUUUCCAACAUACAUAUUUGUAUUUUUAUAUAUAUCUUUUCCUUCCUGAAGUGAAAAGUUAUAAUUAUCUAGUGUGUAUGUGUAGCAUGCAUCCAGGUUCAUGUAAAUUUUUGUAUGUUUAAUUGUUAUGAAAAUUCUCUCAUUCAUAAGCAUCUGUAGAGUGUAGACUAUAUAAACAGGGAUGUGCAGUCAGUUUUAGUUAUAACUCUUAGUAGGGUUAUAAACUGGGAAACUUUAUACUGCAAUAGCCACAUGGUGACAAAAUGGUGUAGAAAAGAAGGAAUUUUGCUGUACUUUAUUUUAUUCUCAUGAGUUUUUAAAUUUCAGAAACAUUGAUAAAAUGCUGCAUGCCGAUGAUGCCUCAUAAAGGUUUAUUAAAUUUACACAGUGUCUUGGUUUUACAAACAUAUCACAUUCCAUUCUUUUCUGUGAUAUAAGUUUAUGUCUUUGUCAAUAGAAAUUCUAGUACAUAAUUUUUGAAGUGAAUACAUUUUUAGUUCGAUUAUUAGAAGAAUAGUGAGAGCUGCUGCUCAAGUCAGCGUCACAUCAGGUUGUUUAUGACAAAUUCUAUUGAAUCAGUUACAUAAGUCUUGACAAGUUAUUGCCCUUGUUUUAAUUUAGAAAUGUUUUAACAGUUGAGUGUGCUGUCUUACAGACAGCCGUUGUUCAGAUAUGGUUUUAAUUGCUAAUUUUUUUUUUUACAGACUUAGAUACUAUUUGGCAAAUAAUAAAGUAAGUGAAAUGCUAAAUUCGAUAUUCUUCAUCAUUUCAGAAGAGUCUUACAUGCUUUACUGCUUUCAAAGCAUUGUUUCAAUAAUUGAGCCAUGCCGUGGGAAAACCAACAUAGUGGGUAUGCGACCAGCAUGGAUCCAGACCAGCCUGCGCAUCCGCGCAGUCUGGUCAGGAUCCAUGCUGUUCGCUAAUAGUUUCUCCAAUUCCAAUAGGCUUUAAAAGCGAACAGCAUGGAGCCUGACCAGACUGCGCGGAUGCGCAGGCUGGUCUGGAUCCAUGGUGGUCGCAUACCCACUAUGUUGGUUUUCUCAUGGCACGGCUCAUAUGAAGAUUGAAAAGUAACAUGAUUUAACACUAGCUAAUAUUUUAAGUGUUAAUUGUUAAAGAUUAAAAUAAUAAUUUUAUAAGCUUAGUAGUGAAGAGCAGCUUACAUACUUUGUCAAAAUAUAAUAUAAAAAACUUGAAAAAUUAUGUUCUUUAAUUUCAUUCUAACUGCUGUGUGUGAUUUAUACAUGUAUAUGAUGAACUAGUGUGAAAGUGAUAAAAGUGCCAUAAAGUAAGUUUAAAUAAAUGUAACCAUAUUAUAAUAUAAAGAAUGUUAUGAAAAUU